UCGUCGUACUUUGUUCAUCGAUGAUAUGACGUCUUUUCUUGCGUCUUGCGUUAUUCGUCGUAAAUUCCAAAGUCUGAAUUUUUAAGUUGUUAUCCUCUUUUAUCGUCCCUUAACUUUCGUUGCAAGCAAUGAGCAAGUGUUCAUAAGCUUGUAGGUUGUUCAUGAAACAACCUUCUCCCCUUUGUGCAGUUUUUAUUUUUUCCGAAGUGGCUAAAUACCUCUCACCAUUCCGUCAUUAACCGAAGGCCAGCCGAAAGGGUGGCUUCCAUAUUUUGUUGAGGGCGCGGGUCAGCUGUCAGCUCCCGUAUCUCAACAAGGCGACUGCAGAGUUACUGUGGACUGGGUGAUCGCACUCAACGUUGAUCCUCCUUGGAGCUGCUGACACUCCUAACAGUUUUUAGCCUCGGUCCGGUCUAGGUCGCCACAAACCUGUCUGAAACUGGACACCGGCUGCCUCUUUGCUCUUUUGAAACAUUAGCUCUAGAGUCAAUAUUUGCAAACAAUAUUUGUUCACAAAUAAAUCUAUUUAACCAACGUACUCAAUUUGUGUCAUUAGUCUUAUUUAAAUAAUCAUAAUGAAGCUUACCGAAGUCGAAGAUCAAAUUUAUGUCAUGAAGUCUUCUACCAACGCAGCCAAAGUUCUUCAAACAAUUGCUGAAUCAGGGGUCAAGGAUGAGGCGUUUUACAUCCUGGAUAUAGGAACCAUCAUUCACAAACAUCACGAAUGGCUGAGCAAACUACCUCGUGUGAAACCACAUUAUGCUGUCAAAUGCAAUGAUAAUAUCCUUGUUUUGGAAACUCUUGCAGCUUUGGGUGUGGGUUUCGAUUGUGCUUCCAAGGGUGAAUUGAAUAAAGUUUUGAGUCUCGGUGUAGCAGCUGACAGGAUAAUUUUUGCUAAUCCAGCCAAACCUGCUUCUCAUAUCCGGCAUGCUGCUAGUCUCGGAGUUGGGUUGAUGACUUUUGACAAUGAAACUGAACUGCACAAAGUGAAAGAACUCCAUCCUGAUGCAAAAUUGGUCGUGCGUAUUCGGUGCGAUGCAGCUGUUUCUCAGUGUCCUCUUGGAAUGAAAUUUGGCUGUGAUGCAAUUUUAGAAGCUCCGCACUUGAUGAAACUUGCAAACUCACUUGGCCUGGAAAUUGUUGGCGUAAGUUUUCACGUUGGUUCAGGAUGUCAAGAUCCUCCAGUGUUCCGCAAAGCAAUAUCCCUAGCUAGAGGCUUGUUCGAUCUGGGCUUUGAAUUGGGUUUCAAUAUGCAUCUCCUAGACCUUGGAGGAGGGUUCCCUGGCGAUUCAAGCUCAUCCAUCGAUAGAAUUGCUGAUAUUAUCAAUUUGGCAUUAGAGGAUUACUUUCCUCCUCAAACCAACACUGAAAUUAUCGCAGAGCCAGGAAGAUUCUAUGUAGCCAGUGCUUUCACUCUUGCUACCAACAUUCAUUCAAAAAGAGAAAUAUAUUCGACAGACAAGGAACUUUUACACACCAUGUAUUACAUCAAUGAUGGCAUCUACGGGAGUUUCAAUUGUAUUCUCUUUGAUCAUUACACUCCGACGCCUAUUCCAUUAACGGACUCAAAAAGCGAUCAAGUUUUCUCCUGUUCAUUGUGGGGUCCAACAUGUGAUGCUUUAGAUCGCAUCAUAGAAAAUUCAUUCUUGCCGAAAAUGAAUAUCGGUGAUUGGAUAAUUUUCCCUGACAUGGGAGCAUACACCGUCCCUGUUGCUUCCACCUUCAACGGGUUCCCUAUCCCCAAAGUGUACGCUGUUGUUGAUGAAAAAAUCUGGCCUGCCCUGAAGGAUUGUGCUCCGCUCACCGAUGACCACUUUGCAGUCUAUCAUUCACCUGCAUCAUUCGGCAUUGGAGAUUAUUCUCCUAAGUGGCCUAAGGGCAUGGAUUCGGAUGAGUUUGAAGAACCUCACCCGUACUUACUGGAAUAUCUCUCAGCUGACUGAUAUUCAAUCUUUACCAACUUUUUCAAUGGAACAUGUUCUAGUUCGCUUUCCAGGUUAAAGAAAUUUAUAUUCACUUCUUUUAAAAACAUCAGGCAGCAUCAGAAUAUUUCCCUUUACAAUUCAUUAUCUCAGAUUUUACGCUGCAACUCCACUCACUAAGUUUCACAGCCUGUCUAAAAUCAAUGACAGUAUAAAAUUAUUCUUCUUUGAAAUAAUUACAGCAUCACCUGUUGCAUUUUUAUCAUAAUUUUGAGAAACAAAAUGCUGUGAAGACUCUAAAAAUGGCUUAGUAACUUCUCAAAGUGUACACAGCAACAUUCUGAGGUGAUAUAUUCUCUGCUGUAUACUAAGUACCUCCUCAUCAGGCCACCCAAGUUAAAUACUAAUCAUUGUCUUAUGAUUCUGAAUAGGAAAAUUCUAAUUGAUUUUUAUGGAUCUAGCCUUAAGUUGUUAUAUGUUAAGACUCUGAUUUUUAUGUGGUAGUCUUUUAACUUUCGAAAUAUUUUAAAGAAAUUAUUAAUCAUUAAUUUUAUCGAUUCUCUGUAAAUGAUUCCACAAUUCACUUCGGCAAAAGACAAGUUCAUGUCAUCAGCAUCUCCUCUUUUUAGAGAAGAAAAGUUUUCCCUGUACUUAUCAUAGUCAAUUCAUCAUUUUUUUCAAUCUCAGUUAAAAUGUAUUUGAUCAAAAACUUUAAAAAUGGAUCCUCAGAAAUUUUAUGUUGUUAUCAGUCUAAUAAGAAUUAUGUAGCUUUAAAUGGUGUCCCUUUUUUCAGUUGCAUUUUUUGUCACUUGUAGCAGUACAGUAUGUUAUCAUAGGGUAAAAAAGAAUAUUUUGAUAAUCUUCCAAAUGGUCUGAACCAAUUGUUUCAUUUCCUCCUCAAGGAGCAAGACUCACUGCUUUCACGUGUGUGAAUCAAAUACAUACCAGCUUAUCAUAAAAACCCGAUUUUACAAGCCAUGUGUUCUCAAAUAUUUUGCAUAAGAAAUUAUCACUAAAGUUUUUGAAUAACUUCAUUGUACAACAAUGUCCGAUAGGAGCCAACUCAGGAACAUUUUUAUCUCAUUUGUAUUUUGUAUAACCCUCUUAACCUUUUGUCAUUUACUAACUUUUGAAGUGUCAUAUUAUCUAACUAUUGAUUCGCUGCAGUAAUGUUUGGCUUUUUACUUGUGCAUUCAUGUGUUUUUCCAGUCACCGAUAAUUUUUGUGUGAACAUUUCACUUUUCUCGAUAUUUCAGUUUUGAGUUGGAGAAAGCAGGUCGGUUACAAAUGAAUUUGAGCUCAGUCAAGCUUGAGCAAUGCAAUAUUUGAGCACAUUUUGAUAGAAAUCUUAAAGUUAAGGACACUUAUGAUUCCAUACGUUGAGUUCCUAUCAACAAUUCCUCUGCCAGUCGCUCCAAAAUUAAGUGAAAAACUGCAUUUAGUUACAGAAUGCUGCCUAUUUUAUUGAUUCAUUAUUCAUUAAAUCUUACGACUGAACUUUUGUCGGUUCAAUGUUUUAUAAUAUUUUUAGAAACUUUAGUUUUACUAUAUUAGGAGACAAUUGUGAACAACUAAUGUUUGCAAAUAAUGAUUCUAGAGCAUAAGUGUUGUUUCUGUAGUGGCACAGAAACACACAAUUUUAAUUGAGUAAAGAGGCAGCCCGCGUGGUGCUUUCCAUUAUCUAAUCAUUAUUUUUAUUUAUAUUUUUUAUGAACUUUCAGUAAUUUAUGUAUUUUUAUUUAUUUUAAUCAAAAUUGUAUAGUUUUAAAUUGCAUUGUUUAUUUUGGUUACCAUGCUGUCUGUGUAGUUCCAAAAUCCUCAUUGCAUGUAUACAUUAAGCUCAGAUAUGAAAAAUAAAUAAAUGUUAAAAAAAA